AAUGGGUUAUCAUAUAUUGUAUGUCUUAGUAUUGAAACUUUCUUUGCCCUAGCUUACUUAUCCAACUACCUUGAUGAGUAUAACAUCAUAACUAUGGACUGGAAAGAACUAUCGUUUUUAUAUGAAUACUUAUAUUUAGCAGACAGAUGUAGAAGUGCGGGAAAAUUAUUAAGUUAUUUUUUGACAAAACUAGUCGCUUUGAGGCUUAUUAUGCCUUCUAAUAUACACAUGAUAGGACAUAAUCUUGGUGCUCAUACUCUUGGUUUUUGUGGAGCUAAGUUUUAUAAGUUGACGAAAAUGAAAAUCGGGAGAAUCACAGGUCUAAACCCGAAAGGACCCAUAUCUAUAUAUCCAUGGGAAACAUUUUAUUAUUUACAAAGAACGUUGAAGAAGACGGAUGCGGAAUUUGUGGAUCUGAUCCAUACGGCAAAAGCUGAAAUAUUUCCUAAUACAACCGGACACGUUGAAUUUUAUCCGAACAGAGGAGAAACUCCUCAGCCAGGAUGUAUUCACGUGAAUUUUGAAAGAGAUCCUUUUGAUAAAGAAAUAAUAGAAUGUUAUCAGUCCCAGUUUUAUCUAAAGCUUUUACCAUUUUGAGUUUAAUAUCAUAUGAAACUCGAAAGUCAAGAAGUUCUAAUCCAGUUAAUCUGUUUAUCAAUAAGAUCCUUUAAGAAAUUGACACGGCCUCAGGUUGCUUGGAAAUUCUCCUCGGUGAGGUGGCCGGUCACGAUUGAAUUGUGGUGUUGUGUAAUGGAAAAAGUAUACAGUUGACCAAAGAAAAACAAUAACAAUAUGCUGAGGCAAAUAAGUAUAUUGUUCCACAAACAAGAAAGAAAAAAAUUAUGUAUAUAAACUAUACGGUCCUCUGGUGACAGUGGUGGAGAGACAAUCGAAAAAAAUGCACUAGGACGAUGUUCGUUGAUCAACGGUCACGAGCAGAAGGUUGGUGACUUGAAGCGACCGGUCAGUACGUUGCCAGUGGUUCCGAUAACUUUUUCCACCUCUGCCCGGUUUUCCGAAGUCGGUGGGUAGUGCGGAAACGGUGUUGUCGUUUCCCUAGUUUUGGCUGAGUAGAGAGCGGGCGCGGCUCCAAGAUAGUGGUGUACUUAAUGUACCUGCACCAAAGCGGUCCCGCGUCAAAAUUUAAAUCAUUCAAUGGCGCACCUGAAGCAUCUGUAGAAGUAUACCAUAAUUUUAAAUAUAUUCUAAUUAUAAACAAUGUAAAAUGUUCUAAAUUUGAUAUUUACGUUUCUUUUAAUUCAAAUUGCGGCCGAAAUAAAAACAUUUUUUAAUAAUAUAUUAUCUUGACCAUCCACCUAGCGUGAUAACGAGCCCCAAGUUUUCGAAAACCAUUCUUUUCUGGAAGCUUUUCUUCAAGGUUAUAUAAAUUCAAUUAUAAUACUUCUUUGUAAUCUUCACAAGGUUAAAACUCAGUUAAUUGAUUAAA